UCUACCCGGAAACAAUGCCUGAUUUAGACCCACCAUCCAUAUUCUCCUCACCAGCUUUACUACCCAUUGUUCCCAGCUCCAAUCCCAUGAAAUCCAUCACGAAUGGAGCUGAGAAUCCCCUCAAUUUGAAAACCUUGAACCCCAAUUCCCUGUGGGAAGUCAGCAAGAAGAAGGGCGAGGUAAGAGAGCAGGGAGAGUUGGAAAAUCCUAGCAAUGGCAGUGAUGGGAUUAGUGCUAUGAGGAUCUGCUCAGGUGCUGAAAUGGGUGGGAAUAAGAGCUUGAUAGAGCAUGUGAAAGAUUGGGUUCAGAGGAGGAUUGAUUCUGGGGUUUCUGAGCAUAGAUGCUACUUGCCCUUUCUUGUUCAUGCUCCAAGAAUGGUUGAAUGCCGUGUUUGCAAAAGCUGUGUGUUCCCAGAGGAGGAGAUAUUAUGCUCUGUUCGUAGUUGUCAGGAGGUAUAUCAUUUAAAGUGUGCCAUAGAAAAGCUUCGGUUCUCAUCCUUAAAACCAUUCAAGUGCCCUCAGCAUGCUUGUUUCCUAUGCAAAGAUAAAAUCCACUUGUUACGCUGUACAAGAUGUCAUAUGGCUUCACACCUGAAGUGUGCGGCAUUUCCAAAGGAUAUAAUCUAUCAUCCUUGUCAAGAGGGUCAAAUGAUUUGUUGGAGACAUCCUAAUGAUUGGCACAGUGACAGAGAGCAAAGAGUUCCAGCGAAUAACAUGGAGGAAGUAUUCUGUGAAUUACCUAUACCAUACAGUGAAGAGGAGUUCAAGAUUGACAUAAGUUGGAAAGAUAUGAUAGAGCAUAAAUUGGAGCCACCCCCUUAUGUCCACAUCAGGCGAAAUAUAUACCUUGUUAAGAAAAAGAGAGACAAUGCUGAUGUUGACAUCGGAUGCACGAAUUGCUGUUCUACUGAGUGCGCCGAGGAUUGCGUCUGUAGGGUUCAGUCCAUUAGCUGCUCAAAGGCUUGUCAUUGUUCUGAUAUGUGCACCAACAGGCCAUUCAGAAAAGAGAAAAAGAUCAGUAUUGUCAAGACUGCACUUUGUGGUUGGGGUGUUGUGGCUGCUGAAGGAAUUAACAAAGAUGACUUUAUAAUUGAAUAUGUUGGGGAAGUUAUAAAUGAUGCUUUAUGCGAGCAAAGACUAUGGGAGAUGAAGUUCAAAGAAGUCAAGAACUUCUACAUGUGUGAAAUUCGGAAGGACUUUACAAUUGAUGCAACAUUUAAGGGAAAUUCUUCUCGUUUUCUGAACCAUAGCUGCAAUCCAAAUUGUAAAUUAGAAAAAUGGCAGGUUGAAGGGGAGACUCGUGUUGGUGUCUUUGCUGCUCGAACUAUUGAAGUUGGAGAACCACUAACCUAUGAUUAUCGAUUCAUACAAUUCGGGCCAGAGGUUAGGUGCCACUGUGGAGCUUCAAAUUGCCAAGGCUAUCUGGGGACCAAAAAAAAGAUUUGCAAAGUGGACUUUUGCUGGGGUUCCAAACGCAAGAGAACAGCCACGUCUUGUUUAGCCAUCGUAAAGUAUGAUUAACACUGCCCAUUUCCCUAUAGGGCCACUAUUGGUGUAUAUUGUUGUCAUCAUAUUGUUCAGUUAAACAAAGAAAAUACAAUUCUUUUCCACUAAAUCUCAACAUUCCACAACCUUAUUUAUGUUGUGGGAUGCGCCAUUUUCUUUUGCUUUUUCAAUGCAACGCCCUGGUGGAUCUCAUAUAGGAUCUUCUCAUUG